GGAAGUUGUACUCUGGGGCUCCAAAGGGUCAAGAUAGGCCUCCCAGACGAUGUCCGCACCCAGGACUUGAUCCCAUUCCGGGUCACAUACAAGCACAGAGAAGGCCCACCCAAUUGGGACCAACUAUUCAAGAACUGGCCAAAACUUCGAGAGGCCCGUCUUGAAUUCAAUAGCGACCUGGCGCUACAGAACCGGAUCGUCGUGACAGCAGGAAAGGAGGCAUUCGAGUCUCUCCAGUACGCUGUUGGCACUCGGAACUUCAAGAUGGAGAAAGUACCCAUCAAGGUUGACUUCACCAUGUACGGCAAAGAGCCUGGUCUGUACGUGGCCACAUCACGUCAAACUGGUGCAGUGAAGCUUGUGAUCUUCAGCGCCUACCACGGCGAGUACAUGUUCCGCGCCAAGCAGAUUCAACGCGGAGCCAUGCAGGAUCUUCUCUGGAACGUCGCUUGUGAAGUCGCUGGGGUCCAUAUUCGAAACCCAACGUACUUCUUGUUCCGCAUACGCCGGAACCGAGGAAACUGCCCCGACGACGAAAGGUGCAGACGAGGCCAGAUAUCGAACCUCGAGAUCUUGAUCAACCUCAAAGCGGAGAUCAAGAACGGGCUUCGGACAUCCAUCUCUCGCCUGGAGGUAGAGGAUCUUUUUUUCGAUUUGCUUGCAGUACAGCCCCAACUGGCCACCGAGAUGGAUGAGGCUGAGGCUAAGGGUUUCAGCGUCCUCUCUCCACUCACGAAGUUCUACUACGAUAGCGGGGAAGCAGGAAGAGCCAAAAAGCGUGCCGAGAAACACAGGAUUGCAUUUCCAGAUGAGGAUCCUGAUGCGUACCAGCCAAACGCCAAGCGGAGUAAGCGACCAGCUGUGCUAAAGAAUUCUAUCAACAAUGGCGGAUUCUACACAAAGAAGACGGAGAACUGGAAGCGAAGCGAGGCUGGGAAUCGAGCUGCGGCCGGCCAGAAAAAGGGACAAGAGACAACCGGCGCCCGGAUGAAUCUCAAGUAUGAGGCAUUCAUCAACUCAAACUAGGUUCGUCGUCUCGAGGCUGGACGCAAAAUUCCUGGAGCCCUCACGGAGAAGGAGAAGUUGGCCCUCCCAAGGCUCAAGAAGGUCAAGGAGCAUUUCGCGAACGAGGCUGGA